CGGUGUUAUCCUGCGUCGUUCGUCCUGCUCGUCCUGUUCGUCGAUUGUCGAUUGUCGUUAGCCGUUGUCCUUUGGUACCGUUAUCGCGUCCGGACGUUUGCGCCAGUGUGUGCCCUUUUAAGUAGGCAACACUUUUGUAAGACUCGAAUUUAACUCUGCAAUUAACCCAAAGAAAAAUCAUUACCAAGAAGGAAGCCCGGCUUCUUUAAUUAUUUAUAUUCGCUCCUUUCUCUCGCAUUCGGUUAAGUGUACAAUUAGGUGCGCCGUCGAAAAUUCAAUCAGUCAAAGUGGAAAAGAAAUCUAUAAAAAGGAGUGCGUCUGUGUGUGCAAUAAAAAAGAGAGACAGGCUCAAAUGAUAACAGUCGUAAUCAAAGGCUCUCGGUUGGCCUUUGUCCUUUGUUGAUUCUGCCGUAAAUUCGAUUGCCACUGUGCAGCUUAAAGUGUAUUUCAACGCAGCACUAAAGCAAAUUAUAGGCAAUAUUUUACAAUUUUAAAGAAACUUAAAUACAAAACUAAGGAUACCACGAGAGGAGUCUCAUUAGAAGCUAGUGGCAAAGCGGCGAAGGGUUUGAGGUCGACGACUCACCAGCAGAAUCUGCAUGUCAGCGAAAAACCCACCGAAAGGCGUGAGAUUUCAGAUCGACUAUAGCCACAACUUCUGAUCAAUCAGCGGAUCCAUUAAGAUGCUCAGUUCGCUGGACGCGCUGGCCGGCAAAAUAGCCACUGCCACGCCCGGAACGGGGGCGGUAACGGCGGACAGCAAGAACACACAGUCGUCGCUGCACCAUCACCACCGCCUCGACUAUGAUUACUCAGCGGUCGAGAUUGAACCACCGGCGGAACAACUGGCCAACUCCCCGCGCAGCGAACGGGAGCGUUUGCAGCAGGCCCAACAGGCCUACGAGCAGCAGGCCCAGGCGGAACUGGAGUUCGGCCUCGCGGAGGUGGACGCCAAGUUGACGCAGCUGAAGAGCAGCCACAGUCUGCAGCACCACCAUAAUCACAAUCACCACCAUCAGCUGCAGCGCCAUCCGCCGCCCCACCACCAGCAGCAGCAACAGCAGCAGCUGCACCACCAUCAGCCCCACCACAAUCACCACCACCAUCAUCCGUACCAGCGACCCAGACCCACAUCGCCACCGCAUCAGCAGCAGCAGCAGCAGCAGACGCCCUCCUAUCAGCAGCAACUUUCCCAGCUGGCCGCUCUGCAGGAUCACCACGAUCUCCUCCAGACGCAGCAGGAGCUGUUCCACAAACAGCUAGCCACCAUGCAAGAGUACCAGCGGGAAAGGGAGCGGGAACGCGAGAGGGAACGGGAGCGGGAACGGGAACGGGAUCGCAGCAGCUUUAUCGAUAACAGCGACUACGAUUCCCAGACGGAGUUCAAAAUUUGCCUGAGGGAUAGUGCUUUUGGUAUGAGUGAUAAGAGCAGCAGUGCAACGAACAGCCUGCCAAAUAGUCCCAUACACAGCAACAACAACAAUCCUUCGCUGCUGAACAACAACAACAAUAACAACAGCAGCACCAGCAACAGCAACAACAGCCUAAACGUCGGCAACAACAACAGCAAUCCGAGCCUGGGCGGCAGCAACAGCAACGCACUGGUUUCCGUGGGCAGUAACGGUAUAAUGUCCGCCGCCGGUUUGGUCAACAACAACAACAAUCCGUGCAGCGCCAACCGCAAUGUGGUCGCCAUGGUCGACGACGACGCCUGCUUCCGGCUGGACACGGAUGCCACGGUGACGUACGGCGAGAAGGAACCGGAUCCGGACAACAUCAAGAUGUUCGUCGGCCAGGUCCCCAAAUCGAUGGACGAGUCGCAGCUGCGCGAGAUGUUCGAGGAGUACGGCGCCGUCCACUCGAUCAAUGUGCUGCGGGACAAGGCCACCGGAAUAAGCAAGGGUUGCUGCUUUGUGACGUUUUAUACGAGACGCGCCGCCCUGAAAGCCCAGGAUGCUUUGCAUAAUGUUAAGACGCUAAAUGGGAUGUACCAUCCCAUUCAAAUGAAACCCGCCGAUAGCGAGAAUCGCAAUGAACGCAAACUGUUUGUGGGUAUGCUAAACAAGAAGCUGAACGAGAACGACGUUCGCAAGCUAUUUGAAGUCCACGGAGCCAUCGAGGAGUGCACCGUUCUUCGGGACCAGAACGGACAGAGCAAGGGUUGUGCCUUCGUCACAUUCGCCACCAAACACGCUGCCAUUUCGGCCAUUAAAGUGACCCUGAGCCAGAACAAGAUCAUGGAGGGCUGCACAUCGCCGCUGGUCGUCAAGUUCGCCGACACGCAAAAGGAGAAGGAGCAGAAGAAGAUCCAGCAGAUUCAGGCCAACCUCUGGAACCUGGCCAGCAACAUCAACAUCCCGCUGGGCCAAACGGCCACCAGCGUGACCACGCCCAUCCUGCCCAAUCCGCCCCAGCAGCCUUCGCCGGUGCUCGGCGCCGAUGCCAUCACCCCGGCCUCCAUCCAACUGCUGCAGCAACUGCAGGCGGUUGGGCUGCAGCAGCAGUUGCUGCAAGCCCUCACAGGACUGGGAGCCCAGCAGAGCAGCUCGGCGACGGACACCAGCGCAGUUGCGGCCGCAGGACUUCUGACCCCGAUGACCGUCCAGAAUCUGGCGGCCAUUGCGGCCAUGACGCAGCCGAGUCUCUCGAAUGCCGCCGCGGCAGCAGCCGCUGCCUCAUCGCCUGGAAGCGCCCAACUGACCAACACGGCUGCGCUGCUCUGCCUCUUGGGUAAAAAGGCUGCGGCCAAAAAAUCAGCCAAAAAAACAGGGUCCGAUCCGAAUCCCCUGGCAUCGGCUUAUAUGUCAACAGCCGCCGGUCUGCCGCAAUUCGGGAGCGCCAGUGCAUUGUCCACUUCGCCGCUGGCCAGCGUUGCCCUCAGCGCCGCAGCCGCCGCCGCGGCGGGAAAGCAGAUUGAAGGACCCGAGGGCUGCAACCUUUUCAUCUACCAUCUGCCGCAGGAGUUCACCGAUACGGAUCUGGCCUCCACGUUCCUGCCCUUCGGCAAUGUGAUCUCGGCCAAGGUGUUCAUCGACAAGCAGACCAGCCUGUCGAAGUGCUUCGGCUUCGUCUCGUUCGACAACCCGGACUCGGCCCAGGUGGCCAUAAAGGCGAUGAACGGCUUCCAGGUGGGCACCAAGCGCCUCAAGGUGCAGCUGAAGAAGCCCAAGGACUCGAAGCCCUACUAGAGGCCACCAUCGGCAGCGAGGACACAUCCCCGGACACAUCGAGUAGAGAGGAAUACUGAGAUUUGUGAAAUAUGGAGUAGUCAAUGAAUGAAGAGUUGCCCGUGUAGAGCGCGCGUUGCAAGAGUAAACGAUGAUGCGAAUGCCAACGUUGUACGUAUCAUACAAAAACCAAAAACAAGAGCAAAAAAACAGACAUGAAAUCUGUGCCAAAAAAAAGAAAAGACAGAAUCACUUAUGAUUUAGCACGUUAAAUGUUGAAUUAGAAAGAAAAAAAAAAGAACCAAAAUCAAAAACCUUAAAAGCUUAAAAACGAAAUCAAAAAGAAACGAACCACACAACACUUAGACCGUAGAUUAGUUAACUUUCUGUUGAAGUUCCCUUCGAACCCAAUCUUUUACGACUCGUUUUCCUAAUUUUAAACUGUCGUACGAGUUGGUUGAACCAUUGCUUUUUAUUAAAAAUUUUGUAUACAUCCUCAUGACUCACAAACGAAAGAAAAAAAUAAAAAACAAAAACGAAAAAAAAUAAUUACAUAGAUCUGUUCGAGUGUUAGGCUUAAGUUUUUGAUAUAACUAAUAAUUUAAUACAUACUCUUUCUCUGUUUGAUUUGUUCAUCUCUCAUGUUGCAAGUCACAAUGAAGUUCUUUAUUAUAAAUAUAUACCCACAUGAUAUAUAUUCUAGUUAUAGUUACAAGUUACUCGUUUUGUUCAAUGGAUUAUCUCUUUUUAUAUAUCUACAUUUAUGCUGACUCGCAUAAUUAGUUUUUAGUUAUCUGAUUUGUUACACCCCCAAACUAACUCACAUAUUUUAUUUGUAAUGAAAAAUGGAUAUGUUUUUGUUAACCACAUUAUAAUUAAUACUUCUUUAGUUGUAUAAUUAGUUGAACAAACAAAUUCACAUACGCUUCUCAGUGUUAUUUAUGCGAUUUGUAAAGGAAACGAACUAUGCCUAAAAAGACAACAAACCAAAUGAAAAUGAAAAACGGAAACCUUGUUAUUUAUGUUGAAGUCUUAUUAUUGGAGUUUAUUAUUUUAAUUUUUUUAGUUUCUAUUAAUUGCCACAUCAUCCAAAUUUUACACAAAUCUGGUAUUAUAUUAUAACAUAUGAUUCAUUUCAUGGUAAACUUUUUGUUUUAGUUGAAGUUUAAUUGGCUUUUUGUCGUUGCACAUCUUGAAGUAGAUAAGUGCCUUAUGUAGCAUACUUUGUUUAUGUAAAAAUCAUGCACAUAUGUAAACAUUCAUACCACAACAUACAUAUCUAAAUAAAGUUUUGUUCUCUGUUUCAAAUGCACAAAAA